UUCCAUGCCCCACAGCUAUCACCGGGCCUCAUGGGAGAUGUGACUACAGCUUAGGACAUGGGACCGUUUGUUCACUCACUUUCUGUGAAAAGAGUUUUGAAAUGUGUUUUGAAUAGACAGCAUUUUCUUUGUGUAGUUGGUAAAUAACACAGAGCAAAGUUAGUCAGCAAGUUGCAUAGCUUCUGCAUUCUGAUUCUUUGGAGCCCUUUUGUACCAAGCUUGGCAGGAUGUUUUUAACAGAAUGUGACCUCAUUGGGAUACCAGAGAAAAGAAUAAGGAAAUUGGACCCAGUUGUUUGUAAAAGACUCAAAAACAGCAGCGCAAGAAUCAAAGCUGUGGAAAAAACAACAAAACUAGAAGACAAUGACCUAUUGGACAACUGUACAAAGUCACCAGGUAAAGAGAAUGAAUUUCAGGAUAGUUUGUUAAAUCAGAAAAGGUAUCUUGGUCAGAGUGACGGAUUUGGUCAUUUGGAAUCUGCACAGAAUUUCACCCGGAAGCAGACAAAGAUGGAUGCAGAUGGUGAAGAUAAAAAGCUGCGAACAUGCUCAAAAGGAACCAAGAUACAAGUGGACUCUAUAGCUCAGGAGCUCAGUGCCUACAAAUGCUCCAUGGCUAAGAAGAGAAAAGCUGAAGAACAGAUUUCAGGAGUUCCAGUCAAUAAAAGGAAGUCCCUGUUAAUGAAACCCCGUCACUACAGUCCAAGUGUGGAAUGCAAAGAAGAAAAUGAGGACAGAACAGAGUUGCAGGAGGACAUCAGUGUCCUCGAAACAAAUGACACGCCUGCUACAGAAGAAAAUACUACAAAGUCACCUGAUGAAACCUCUCAUGCAGGUGGGCAAGAAAACUCCAGUCAAACGAAGGACAACUACACCUGCUACCAGGACCUCGUGGUCAAAUCUUUAAUGAACAUGGGAAAACUAGCAAAAGAUGCACCAGUUCAAAUGGUGACUGAGAACCUAAAUGACAGUGGCAUCCAGUCCUUAAAAACAGAAAGUGAUGAUGUUGAUGAAUGUUACAUGAUUAACUCAUCGGAAGGACAAGAAAAGAUUUGUGUUUCCGACCCACAAUACUGUUCAUCUGAAGACAAUGAAAGUAGCUCUGAAAUUUUGGACAAUGAAUGGGACAGUUCCUCAAACUUCUCAGAAGACGCUAGCAUAAAGCCCCAUGUAACUCAGAGAUAUAUUGCAGGAUGUAACCGACAAGACAUUCUGGAAGUUCCAGAAAUUAAGACUGAAGAAGCAGAACUUCAUCCUUGUGAAACAGUUUGUGACUCAGAAACAGAGCUAAGAGAAUCACAGGAAUCUCAUGUUGAUCCUUUUGACAAGAGAAUUCAGAAUCCAUUCCCUGAAAGCGAGGGUGAUGAGUGCCUAUCAGAAACUACAGACGUGUCAGUUGACCUGGACAAAACAAAGGGAAUUGAGUUGCUAGAACAAGCGAUAGCUCUGCAGGCAGAGCAAGGUCAUGUGUUUCACAGCACCUACAAAGAAUUGGACAGGUUUCUUUUGGAGCAUUUAGCUGGGGAAAGGAAACAAACCAAAGUUAUUGACAUUGGUGGGAGACUAUAUAAUAACAAACAUUCACCCAGGCCUGAAAAAAGAAACAAGAGAACCAUGCCACCAGGAUGUGAUGGCACAGGGCAUGUGACUGGGCUGUACCCACACCACCGCAGUCUCUCAGGCUGUCCGCAUAAAGUCAGAGUGCCACUAGAAAUUCUUGCCAUGCAUGAAAAUGUUUUAAAGUGCCCCACUCCGGGAUGUACUGGAAGAGGACAUGUCAACAGCAAUCGCAACACACACAGAAGUCUUUCUGGCUGUCCAAUUGCUGCAGCUGAAAAAUUGGCAAUGUCCCAGGAAAAAAAUCAGCAUGAUUCUCCUAAAACUGGACAGUGCCACGCUCAGGUUCACAGUCUCUGCAGGACAAACUUAGCAAAGCAGCUCGAGCUAUCUCAGUACAAUUACCGAACUCACAGCCCAGCCACCUCUCCCAGAGCCACCCUGACAAAAGAGCAAGAGAAGUUUGGGAAAGUACCAUUUGACUAUGCCAGCUUUGAUGCACAAGUCUUUGGCAAACGCACAAUGGCACCAGCAGUGCAAGGCCAAAAAACCCCACCGUUCCCAACAGCAAAGCAUUUUUCACAUCCAGUGAAAUUUUCUAAUCGACUGCCUAGUGCUAGUGCCCACACACAGAGCCCUUGUCAUGCCAACUCUUAUAGCAACGGUCAAUGUAGUGAAGACACCCACAUAGCAGCAGCUGCUGCUAUCCUGAACCUUUCCACCCGCUGCAGGGAAGCAAGCAGAGAUCCUCUCCAGCAACCGCAGAGUCUGCCUGCAAGGUAGGAUCCAUUGAGCUCCCCAGAAAACCUGGAGGAAAAAAAGUAUCCAGGAGAUGUCUCCAUACCGAGCCCAAAACCCAAGCUCCAUCCAAGAGAUCUCAAGAAGGAACUCAUCACCUGCCCAACUCCAGGAUGUGAUGGCAGUGGUCAUGUAACAGGAAACUAUGCAUCACACCGGAGUGUUUCCGGGUGCCCAUUAGCUGACAAGACAUUAAAAUCCCUUAUGGCUGCCAACUCUCAGGAGCUUAAGUGUCCCACACCUGGUUGUGAUGGCUCUGGUCAUGUGACUGGAAAUUAUGCUUCACACAGAAGCUUGUCUGGUUGCCCUCGUGCCAGGAAAGGUGGUGUCAAAGUUACUCCUACCAAGGAAGAAAAAGAAGACCCUGAACUUAAAUGUCCAGUGAUAGGCUGUGAUGGCCAAGGUCACAUAUCAGGUAAAUACACUUCUCAUCGCACUGCUUCUGGUUGUCCUUUGGCUGCCAAGAGACAGAAGGAGAGUCCUCUCAAUGGGUCUUCAUUAUCCUGGAAACUGAACAAACAAGAGCUGCCACACUGUCCUUUGCCAGGCUGCAACGGGCUGGGUCAUGUUAAUAAUGUUUUUGUCACCCACAGAAGCUUGUCAGGGUGUCCUCUGAAUGCACAAGCCAUAAAAAAGGGCAAAAUCUCAGAAGAACUAAUGACUAUCAAGCUUAAAGCAAGUGGGGGUAUUGAGAGUGAUGAGGAAAUCAGACACUUGGAUGAGGAAAUAAAAGAAUUGAAUGAAUCCAAUCUUAAAAUUGAAGCUGACAUGAUGAAACUUCAAACCCAGAUCACAUCUAUGGAGAGCAAUCUGAAAACAAUAGAAGAAGAGAACAAACUUAUAGAGCAGAACAACGAGAGCCUGCUGAAGGAAUUAGCUGGCCUAAGCCAAGCCCUCAUCACCAGCCUUGCCGACAUUCAGCUUCCACAAAUGGGGCCAAUCAGUGAGCAGAACUUCGAAGCAUAUGUAAAUACACUCACAGACAUGUACAGCAAUCUGGAACGGGACUAUUCCCCGGAAUGCAAAGCUCUGCUGGAAAGUAUCAAACAGGCAGUGAAGGGCAUCCAUGUGUAGGAUGUGAAGGCUGCUGGGCAACAGAAAUUACUUAACAGCAGUAAACUCCAGAUGAAUCUGUUAGGAGUUCAUGUACUGCUAAGGCGUGUAGGUUGCCAUGCUGCAUUUACAAUUGCAACAUUGCACUAAUUUUCCCAGCUGACAUAAAAAGGAAGGAAAACACAACAGACUAUUUGUAUUAACAGCAAUGCACUCAAUUAAUAUAUUGUAUUUAUUUCAGUACAAUUCCUUUUUUUCCUUCUUUUGCACUCAGUUUUUUGUAAAGUGAAUGUAAAAAGUGUGUGCAACUAUUUUUUAUAUUUUUAUUUAUUUCUAAUCAAAGAGUUGUGUUUUUUAUCUUUUUGCGGCCUGUCAUAUUUUUACAAAUGUGUUUAUUAAUUUAUUUUCCAAUGGGAUUUUUAAAUAGACUGAAAGUUAUACUGUAAAUUAAAUAUCUUGCUGGGUUUGUACAGGAAGAAAAAAAUACUAUGAAAGUAACAAAUGACUGAACUGUUGUUCUAGUUUUAUUUUCAUCACAUCCUGCUUUUUUAUAAUGGCUUUGUAUCAGAAAUGGGUUUGCAGUAACAUAAGAUGUGAAGAAGCAAGGAAUGAAAAGAUAAAUGGCUCCCACUAGUGGGGAACCUGCGUUCUAAAAAGCACAGUUUGCUGGAACACAGUGUGUUGAAGAAUUUGUUAGCAAUAAUGAAAUAUAGCAAUCAGUAAAGCAUUUGACUUGGCUGUGUGUUUUAGCCUACGCAAACAAUUAUUUAAAAUGUUUCAAAAGAACUUCAGAAUUAUUUUAACAAUGCAGGUUUUUUCCAAGUUAGUUCAGAGAGAAAAACUAAUCAUCCCUAAACAAGAGAGAUGAUUUGAUAUGACUGGUACUUUUUUAGUACAAUAUGUUGUUACAUUAGACAAGUGACCAAUAUGAUUAUGCAUUUGUAUUUGCAAAAUACAAAAGGAUCCAAACUGAACAUUUUGUAUAUACCAGUUAAUCCAACAAAUCUCCCCUGAAAUGGCAUUUAUCAUACUAGUUGGAACCGAGAGAAGCUUAGAAGGCGACAACCUGGAGAAAAAUAAUACUCCAGUCUCACUGUAAUUGGUUUUCUCUUAAUCUGAAAUGUAGCAAUGCACUGGUUGGUUUUAACCCCUCCUUAUACACAAAGACAAUAUUGGUAUUGAAUUGGUUACCAGUCUUUUGGUAGGGUGCCAAGUGCUACAGUACAUAUGGACACACAGAGACGCACACACGUAAAACGGUACUUGGCUGUGCAUCUGUAUUCAGUUAGCCUGGGUUUUGAAUUUCUGAAUCAAUCAGAGUUUAGUAGUUGCUAUAAUAGAGGCAAUGUCUAUUUCAGGGAUUGUAAGUAAUUAAGCACUGUUUCAAAUGUUUUUUUUUAUAUUUAUUUUUUUUAAAAAAAGGUAUAAACAACCAGCUAAACUGCCUUUUUUGUAUGCACACACACCUCAUGUGCAUAUGUGCCUCAGUGUAAAUGUAUACAUGGCUCUAGCGUGUGUUUAAUUUUUCUGUGCUACAAUGAAAGUGUUUAUUUUUAUUAGCCUCAUUUAUAUUUAGAAUGAAUAUGAUGGCAUUCACAGGCUUGACAUAUACACAUAUAUUAUUACUGUUCCUGCACAAAAAGUAAUAUUCAAAGGUGAUUCAACUCACGCACUGUGGUCACUGUUUUGCAUUAGGUGGGGCUUGCUUUUCAUUUGAGGGUUGGUUUAACCCUCUAAUCUUAGUUUAGACAGAAGAUGAUGUAUGUUCUUAGAAGCUGUGUUUAUUUUUAAAUCAAUUUUUCAAAAGCUACCGUAUGUGCUGUCUAAUAUAAAUAGAAGGACACCAAACAAAAAUUUGCUAUUAAAGUUAUUGUACUUGCUAAAAAAAAAAGCAGACAUUUGCUAUACUUGUUAAAUGCAUACAAAAUGAGUUCACUCAUUAAGAAGACUAAAAUGUAAUUAACUACAUAUUUUAACAAAUUUGUUAUAUAUUUUAUUUAAUUUACAUUUAAAAAAAAUCUCUUGCCAACCUAUAUAUUUAUUACUAUGAUUUACAAUGGCUUAAUUAAGGUUAAUUUGUCUGUGUUUGGACUGUUUGCUCAGGAUGUUUUGUGAAGUACGUUCGUAUUUAUUUGCUUCCUUUGUACUUGAUGUGUUUUGUAAUGUGCACUAAUUUUUUUUUCUUUUUUUCUUUUUUCUUUUUUGUGUUAAACUGCAUUGAUGAGCUAUACUGUAAAUUAGACCUUUGUAAAAAGCAACGAUGUAUGCAUUUUUUAAUUUGGAGUAGUUUGUAUACUGUUUCUUCAUACAAUUAAUAUUUCUUACAUCAAAGCAACAAAACUGUUCUGUGCUGUACAUUUGGUGUAUGGUAGGAAAUAAAAUUGAUAAUGAAACAUCGCUGCAAGUUUUGGGGGGGGGGGUUGAGCCUUCAGAUAACAAUCUGUAUUGCACAUUCUUAGCAGCACCUGGCACUGUACAAUGUGUCAGAUGUUUUGCUUGCUUUGUGUACAAAAUGUGUCAUCCUUGUAAGUAAAUUUAUGGUACAAAUAAUUUAAUUAGAGUUUUACAUUGGCAGAUGGAAGUAAGAAAAAAAUGGAAAUACUUAAGUGAUCCCUUUCAUUACCCAGGGAAAAGAAAUCAAGAAAAUAAUUACUACGUUUAAACAUUAUUUAAUGCACC